AUGAGGAAGAAGGAAAACAAAGAGAACAAGAAUACCGAGCAUCGAAGAAGUCUCGGAACACUCGGGAAGGCUGCAAGGAACUUCAAAAAUGGGUUGGAAACAGGAAGCAAGAUCUUAGAUGAGCUGGCAAUACGGGCGCCUCAUGGAAUGAACGAGCUAAUGAGGACGGUUGAACAGUUCUAUUCCUACGAGGAGUUCCUCGCCGAACGAGAACUCCAAGGAGGACAAAACUCAACCGCACCUCAAAGCCUUCAUAUCCCCACACCCCAAAUCGCACCGCCAAAGCCUGUGGUCGCGGUCCAGCCGAAGAAGCAGGUCAACACAGUCAAAAUGGCCGACAAAAAGGGUCCGAAAGCUCAUGACUAUAUAGCCGAAAUCACCAUUUUUAAGGAGCCAAUUUAUUUCUUCCUCCCUACGUUAGAGAGGGAACCGUUCUUUGUCUGGCCGAACCCUCCCAAGUUGAACACAGAAGAAGGCAAUAACAACAGUCGGAAAAGAUGCUCGUACCACAAUGAGCUCGGGCAUUACACCACAGCUUGCGCUCCCUAUAAAGCACUUUUGGAAAAUCUAGCGGCACAGGGACUUCUUGAUGAUCAUAUUGACUGGACAAAAACGCCGAGCAGACAGCCGAACGCUGGUGGACCAAAUCCUAUUCCGCGUCCGGUCGGAGUGAUCAACGUUAUUCAUGGGCCAACAACGAAGGAGGCAGCAAAACAGCUUCGUCUAGAGCUGGACAAAGCUCAUAAGGUUACCCAAAUUUUUUCCCUCGAUCGUGCUCCUAAAAAAAUGAAAAUGCUUGAGCGUCCCUGGUCAAUCACUUUCACCGAGCAAGAUCUUCAACGCGUCCAAACACCCCAUAGUGACGCUCUGGUGGUCACAGUGCAAAUCUUAACUCACUUCGUCAAAAGGGUGCUUAUUGAUCAAGGAAGCUCGGCAGAAGUAAUGUACUUAUCUCUCUUCAAGGAGCUCAAAAUCCCAGAGUCGUGCCUUCUCCCAGCAGAAGUACCUUUGAUUGGAUUCAGUGGCACUCCAGUUUGGCCUCUCGGAAGGAUUACCCUCCCCGUUGUUACGGGCUCGGUUGCUUCUAAUCUAGAGUUCGUCGUUGUGGACGCCCCGAGCCCAUCAACGUUAUUCAUGAGUCAACAACGAAGGAGGCAGCAAAACAGCUUCAUCUAG